GGGCUAUUGGGCGCUGGGAGUCGAGGGGGCGGGAGGCGGGAAUUCGUCUCGGGUUGUGUGGUUGAGGGGUCUGGUGGGUUGAGGAAAGGUAACGGCGGCCCCAAGCCUGCACACAAGGCCGGGGAAGUAGCAGCACCCCCAGGAAGAGGGAGGAGGAAGGGCUCGUGCCCUUUCUUCUCUUCCAGGGCUCCGCUUUAUUUGCUCUCAGAAGUCGGUUUCCUUUCCUUUUCUUCAGUGAAUCGGAGCUCAGAGCGUUGCUUCGGUUUCCCUCCAGACAGUUAGGAAUCUGAAAUAAACAGGAAAGCACUAUGUCUUCAAUGUGGUCUGAAUAUACAAUUGGUGGGGUGAAGAUUUACUUUCCUUAUAAAGCUUACCCGUCACAGCUUGCUAUGAUGAAUUCUAUUCUCAGAGGAUUAAACAGUAAGCAACAUUGUUUGUUGGAGAGUCCCACAGGAAGUGGAAAAAGCUUAGCCUUACUUUGUUCUGCUUUAGCAUGGCAACAAUCUCUUAGUGGGAAACCAGCAGAUGAGGGCGUAAGUGAAAAAGCUGAAGUACAAUUGUCAUGUUGUUGUGCAUGCCAUUCAAAGGAUUUUACAAACAAUGACAUGAACCAAGGAACUUCACGUCAUUUCAACUAUCCAAGCACACCACCUUCUGAAAGAAAUGGCACUUCAUCAACUUGUCAAGACUCCCCUGAAAAAACCACUCUGGCUGCAAAGUUAUCUGCUAAGAAACAGGCAUCCAUAUACAGAGAUGAAAAUGAUGAUUUUCAAGUAGAGAAGAAAAGAAUUCGACCCUUAGAAACUACACAGCAGAUUAGAAAACGUCAUUGCUUUGGAACAGAAGUACACAAUUUGGAUACAAAAGUUGAUUCAGGAAAGACUGUAAAACUCAACUCUCCACUGGAAAAGAUAAACUCCUUUUCGCCACAGAAACCCCCUGGCCACUGUUCUAGGUGCUGUUGUUCUACUAAACAAGGAAACAGUCAAGAGUCAUCGAAUACCAUUAAGAAGGAUCAUACAGGGAAAUCCAAGAUACCCAAAAUAUAUUUUGGGACACGCACACACAAGCAGAUUGCUCAGAUUACUAGAGAGCUCCGGAGGACGGCAUAUUCAGGGGUCCCAAUGACUAUUCUUUCCAGCAGGGAUCAUACUUGUGUCCAUCCUGAGGUAGUCGGUAACUUCAACAGAAAUGAGAAGUGCAUGGAAUUGCUAGAUGGGAAAAACGGAAAAUCCUGCUAUUUUUAUCAUGGAGUUCAUAAAAUUAGUGAUCAGCACACAUUACAGACUUUCCAAGGGAUGUGCAAAGCCUGGGAUAUAGAAGAACUUGUCAGCCUGGGGAAGAAACUAAAGUCCUGUCCAUAUUACACAGCCCGAGAACUAAUACAAGAUGCUGACAUCAUAUUUUGUCCCUACAACUAUCUUCUAGAUGCACAAAUAAGGGAAAGUAUGGAUUUAAAUCUGAAAGAACAGGUUGUCAUUUUAGAUGAAGCUCAUAACAUCGAGGACUGUGCUCGGGAAUCAGCAAGUUACAGUGUAACAGAAGUUCAGCUUCGGUUUGCUCGGGAUGAACUAGAUAGUAUGGUCAACAAUAAUAUAAGGAAGAAAGAUCAUGAACCCCUACGAGCUGUGUGCUGUAGCCUCAUUAAUUGGUUAGAAGCAAACGCUGAAUAUCUUGUAGAAAGAGAUUAUGAAUCAGCUUGUAAAAUAUGGAGUGGAAAUGAAAUGCUCUUAACUUUACACAAAAUGGGUAUCACCACUGCUACUUUUCCCAUUUUGCAGGGACAUUUUUCUGCUGUUCUUCAAAAAGAGGAAAAAAUCUCACCAAUUUAUGGUAAAGAGGAGGCAAGAGAAGUACCUGUUAUUAGUGCAUCAACUCAAAUAAUGCUUAAAGGACUUUUUAUGGUACUUGACUAUCUUUUUAGGCAAAAUAGCAGAUUUGCAGAUGAUUAUAAAAUUGCGAUUCAACAGACUUAUUCCUGGACAAAUCAGAUUGAUAUUUCAGACAAAAAUGGGUUGUUGGUUCUACCAAAAAAUAAGAAACGUUCACGACAGAAAACUGCAGUUCAUGUGCUAAACUUUUGGUGCUUAAAUCCAGCUGUGGCCUUUUCAGAUAUUAAUGGCAAAGUUCAGACCAUUGUUUUGACAUCUGGUACAUUAUCACCAAUGAAAUCCUUUUCGUCAGAACUUGGUGUUACAUUUACUAUCCAGCUGGAGGCUAAUCAUAUCAUUAAAAAUUCACAGAUAAUGUCUUCAAAGUUCAUCAUCUAUGUUGUAGCAUGUGCCAGAGUUUCCUCUUUAAAGGUUUGGGUUGGUACCAUUGGGUCAGGCCCCAAGGGUCGGAAUCUCUGUGCUACCUUCCAGAAUACUGAAACAUUUGAGUUCCAAGAUGAAGUGGGAGCACUUUUGUUAUCUGUGUGCCAGACUGUGAGCCAAGGAAUUUUGUGUUUCUUGCCAUCUUACAAGUUAUUAGAAAAAUUAAAAGAACGUUGGCUCUCUACUGGUUUAUGGCAUAAUCUGGAGUUGGUGAAGACAGUCAUUGUAGAACCACAGGGAGGAGAAAAAACGAAUUUUGAUGAAUUACUGCAGGUGUACUAUGACGCAAUCAAAUACAAAGGAGAGAAAGAUGGAGCUCUCCUGGUAGCAGUUUGUCGUGGUAAAGUGAGUGAGGGUCUGGAUUUCUCAGAUGACAAUGCCCGUGCUGUCAUAACAAUAGGAAUUCCUUUUCCAAAUGUGAAAGAUCUACAGGUUGAACUAAAACGACAAUAUAAUGACCACCAUUCAAAAUUGAGAGGUCUUCUACCUGGCCGUCAGUGGUAUGAAAUUCAAGCAUACAGGGCCUUAAACCAGGCCCUUGGUAGAUGUAUUAGACACAGAAAUGAUUGGGGAGCUCUUAUUCUAGUGGAUGAUCGCUUUAGGAAUAACCCAAGUCGCUAUAUAUCUGGACUUUCUAAAUGGGUACGGCAGCAGAUUCAGCACCAUUCAACCUUUGAAAGUGCACUGGAGUCCUUGGCUGAAUUUUCCAAAAAGCAUCAAAAAGUUCUUAAUGUAUCCAUAAAGGACAGAACCAAUAUACAGGACAAUGAGUCUACACUUGAAAUGACCUCUUUAAAGUACAGUACCCCACCUUAUUUACUGGAAGCAGCAAGUCAUCUAUCACCAGAAAAUUUUGUGGAAGAUGAAGCAAAGAUAUGUGUCCAGGAACUACAGUGUCCUAAAAUUAUUACCAAAAAUUCACCUCUACCGAGUAGCAUUAUCUCCAGAAAGGAGAAAAAUGAUCCAGUAUUCCUGGAAGAAGCAGGGAAAGCAGAAAAAAUUGUGAUUUCCAGAUCCACAAGCCCAACUUUCAACAAACAAACAAAGAGAGUUAGCUGGUCAAGCUUUAAUUCUUUGGGACAGUAUUUUACUGGUAAAAUACCGAAGGCAACACCUGAGCUCAGGUCAUCAGAGAAUAGUGCCUCUAGUCCUCCCCGUUUCAAAACAGAAAAGAUGGAAAGUAAAACUGUUUUGCCCUUCACUGAUAAAUGUGAAUCCUCAAAUCUGACAGUAAACACAUCGUUUGGAUCAUGCCCUCAAUCAGAAACCAUUAUUUCAUCAUUAAAGAUUGAUGCCACCCUUACUAGAAAAAAUCAUUCUGAACAUCCACUCUGUUCUGAAGAAGCCCUGGAUCCAGACAUUGAAUUGUCUCUAGUAAGUGAAGAAGAUAAACAGUCCACUUCAAAUAGAGAUUUUGAAACAGAAGCAGAAGAUGAAUCUAUCUAUUUUACACCUGAACUUUAUGAUCCUGAAGAUACAGAUGAAGAAAAAAAUGACCUAGCCGAAACUGAUAGAGGAAAUAGGUUGGCUAACAAUUCAGAUUGCAUUUUAGCUAAAGACCUUUUUGAAAUUAGAACUAUAAAAGAAGUAGAUUCAGCCAGAGAAGUGAAAGCUGAGGAUUGCAUAGAUACAAAGUUGAAUGGAAUUCUGCAUAUUGAAGAAAGUAAAAUUGAUGACAUUGAUGGUAAUGUAAAAACAACUUGGAUAAAGGAACUGGAACUGGGAAAAACUCAUGAAAUAGAAAUAAAGAACUUUAAACCAUCUCCUUCCAAAAAUAAAGGCAUGUUUCCUGGUUUUAAGUAAUAAUACUUAACUCUCAAGCUAAGUAAAAAUAUGUCAUCAUGCUUAUGUUAAACUCUUUUGUAAGUAAUAAUUUGUAAAUUGAAUAAGUGGCAUACUUUUUAAAAACCUAUUUUAUGUUCAGAAAUGUAAAUGUUAUUAUUCUUGAGUUUUUGGGUUGUUUUUUUUUUUGAGACAGAGUCUUGGUCUGUUGCCCAGGCUGGAAUGCAGUGGUGUGCUCUCGGCUCACUGCAACCUUCACCUCCAGGUUCAAGCGAUUCUCCUGCCUCAGCCUUCUGAGUAGCUGGGACUACAGGUGUGCACCACCAUGCCCAGCUAGUUUUUGUAUUUUUAGUAGAGAUGGGGUUUCACCAUGUUGGCCAGGCUGGUCUCGAACUCCUGGCCUCGUGAUCUGCCCUUCUCUGCCUCCCUAAGUUGCUGGGAUUACAGGUGUGAGCCACAGUGCCUGGCCCAUUCUUGAGUUUUGAUAAAGUAAUUCAUACAAAGUAUUGUCCUCAAAUAAGUCUUCCUUAGCUAAAUGCAAUUUAAAAUUAUUCAAAGAUCCUAGGGCACUUCUAGUUUCACGUAAAUAUUCAUAUUAGGUGGUUCUCUUCAUCCAUUUGUUUUCACACUGAUACAUAAAAAUUAACAGCAGUCUAAUCUAGUCACACCUCAGUCAUAUUUCACUAUAGAUUUUACCUCAAAUCAGUCCAAGACUUUUUCAGAGAUCACCAUUUGUCUUGAAAGGUUUAUUUCGUUAUUAAACUGCCUACUUAUAAGUAAUUAAGAGAAAUUAAGAAAGUAGUAUGCAUUUUUAAUUGAAAUUGUUUUACAUUCUUUGUAUAAUAAACCUAAAACCAAACACGUCAUAAACAAAUUGACGUAAAGAUAUAAAAUGCCAAAUGAAGUAUUCCAAAUUUUCUAUUCUAAUUAUUUAGCUUCACCAUCAUUGUGGAAAAAAAUACUAGAUCCUGCUUAGUAUUAAGAGUGGAUCAGUGAGUAAUAAGUACCAAACACUAGACUAGAAGGUAAUUUCUACAUUGUUUAGAAAGGGUGAAACAAUUUAUCCUCUCUGGUAUUGUUCUAGCAUAAGCUUUAGUUAUACAAUGAUUAAGAUAGAAAACUUCAUAUAUAAAUUUGAUAAGCAAACCCACAUUUAUAGCUGCAGCUAAAAUAUGUUUCCUUAGGGCACAGUAAUCCUUUCUGUGAAUUUUGACCUUGUUUGUGUUUUUGUGAAUGAAGCUAUAUGUCUAAUCAAAAAUGAUUAUAAAAGAGGCUCAUCUCUGACAUCAUUCCAAAAAUACAUUCAUUGAUCUCUUUUUAAGAAACAUCUGUUAUUCACUGGGCAUUGGGACUUUUUGUGAGUAAUUUGAAUUGAAAUUUUAUGAGCUAUCCAAGAAUUCUGUAUGGUCUAUUAUUUUCAAGUCAAAAUUUCCAGUAAGGAUUUACUUCACAUUUCAUUUGGAUAAAUGAAUUAUUAUAUAGGUAUGUCUUUGCUUCCAUUUUGAGACAUUUAGAUUUUUACAGCUUGUUUCUAUAGCAUUUGAUGUUACAACUCUACGCGUAGUUCAAAGACAUUUAAAUUGACAAGUUACCAGUUAAAGAAUUUAGAAUAUAUUAGAUCCCAUCUAGUGUUAUAUAUUUUUUCUAGUUGAUCAUUGAGCAGUAAAUACCAAAUACUCGAUUAGAAGGUAAUUUUUACAUUGUUUUGAAAGGGUGAAACAAUUUAUCUCCUCUGGUAUUAUUCUUAAACCACAGAUAGGGAUAGUAGGGUAGUGAAACGAAUAAAUACCUGGUAGAAGACAAGAGACUUGGGCUCUACACCUGGCUCUGCCACUAAUUUGCUAAGUCAUAUUGGCAAUCACCACACCCUUCAGGGAAUUAGUUUCAUCUGUAAAAUGCAGCGGUUAGUACUAUAAAAUCAUACAAAUUUCUUUGUGCUUUGAGAAUCUAUAAAGGAAUGUCUGUUGAUAUUCUGAGUCGAUUUUCAUUUGCUUUUGUUCCAGAACGGUUAAAAUAAAGCAUAUUAUUUCAUUUAAAAAGUAAA